GCCGGCGCCUCCUUCUCCACGUCCAGCACGCCUCUGCCGCAGCCUCGUCUCCUCACACCCACCUCACACAGCGCGCAGCUGCGACACCACCGCACCGCCGCGUCUUGGCGUGCCUGCGCCCUCGCCUCUCUCGCCGCACCUUCCUCGCGACGCACUCCAUCCACCACCGCUGUGCCAUCGCAUCGCCGGCGGCCGUAUCUGGGCGGAAGCGUCAGCGCUGGCAGCAGCUAAAAGGGCCGCAGCCACCGCAGCAGCAGCCGCACGAGAUCGGGCAGGCCCACCUCGUCGAAGCAGCAGCCGGCCAUGGCGCCCACACGCAAGCCGACGCAGCCGGCGUGCGAUGCUUGCCACAUCCGCCGGGUCAAGUGCUCGCACGAGAAUCCGUGUGCUCACUGCGCACGCCUCGGUCUCAACUGCACAUACCACAAGGCAGGCCAGGCACGCAAGAGCACGGGCAAGCGCAUCGAGAUGCUGCGCGAGUCAGGCGCCGGCGCCAGUGCCAGCGCAAGCGGCAGCGGGAGCGGGAGCAAGGUGGAGGAGAGUAGCGACCCUGCGGUGGCUGCGUUUGCUGCUGCGACCGCCGGCGCAGGCAUCCCGGCGAGUGGCAGCAACGGCGGCGGCGCAUCGGGCGCUGGGCCGUCACGGGCUGGUGCGCCAGCGCGACUGGAGCACGAGCCGCAGGGCCCAUUCCCGUUCGAUGGCCCGCCGCCACGCUCUGGCGGCCGCCAUCCGGGCGACGGCUUCUCGCCGCGGCCGGGCAACGGGCACAUGAUGAUGCCGCCGCCCGACUCGCCGCGCUCGCUGGCGAUGCACCACGGCGGCGGCGCCCCGUCGCCGUCGGGCUCGACGCCCUCCGACUCGCACAGCCGCUUCCGUGGCAUCCCGGCCUCGGCGCCGCACCACCAGACGAGCUUCCCGCCGUAUGCCAUGCGCGGCUCCGGCGCAGGCCCGUCGAACGGCAGCAGCAGCAGCGGUGGAGGCCAUGGCUUGCCCGGCUCGCCCGGCCCACAGUCGAUCCUGAGCCCGCGCUCGACGCACUCGUCGCACUCGGAGCGGCACCACCCGUACCGCACGCCGUCGUCGCACUCGCAGCAGCACCAGCCGGCGUCGCCCUCGCAGCCUCUGCAGCCGGGCCACUACCCGCAUGCACAGGGUGCAGCCGCGUACGCAGGCAGUCCGCCGGGCUUCUCUGGCAUGCCGCCAUCGCCUGGCGCCUCGUUUGUAGAUCAGUUCAUGGGACGGCAGCCAUCACAGCACCAGCAGCACCAGCAGCAGGGCCAGUACUACGGCGCGCCGCCGAAUGCCGGUGGCAUGGACGCGGGCCAGCAGCCGAUGGGCAUGUACAACUUCGACCCGAGCAUGGGCGCCACCUAUCGCCUGCCAGGCCUAACAACGUCGCUGGCCGACUCGCUGCUGGGCGCACCCGACUCGCUGGACCUCGACGCGCUCAUGUGGGGCCCGCACGGCGCCGGCAGCUUCCCGCUCGUCGCCGGCGACGGCUCGGCCACGAUGCUCGAUGCGCUCGGCAGUCUCAACCCAGGCGGCCAGCCCGUCUCUUUCGAUGCGCUCAGAGCAGGCAGCCAGGCGCCGAGCGGCUCGCAGUUCGAAGACACGAGCUCGUCCUCUGCCGGUCCCGAUGAGCCGCACGCGCUCUCGGACUCCGUGCUGAUACCGGUGCUCAGCUUGUUCUACGAGCGGCUUUCAGGCAUCAUGCCCGUCUUUUCACGGGCCUACCUCUUCGGCCGAUUGGACAAAGAUCACCAUCACACGAACCCGCAAUUCGGCGCGAUGCUGCUGGCGAUGAGUGCGUUGGUUGCGAUUCAAGGGCAGGACACAACGGACCGGACCUCGGCGCGGCGGCGAAGACGCAAGGCUAUCAGCUUGCUCGAAGAAGCCAACAGACUGCGCGGCGGCCUCUUCCUGGGCGAGGAGCCAACUCUGGAGUCCACAUGCACGUCGUUCUUCUUCUUCGCCUCGUGCUUCGCCCUGGGCAUCCACGGCGCGGCAUGGUAUCGCCUCCGAGAGGCCGUGACGCUCGGCCAUCUGGCGAAGCUCCAUGAGCCUUCCAGCUACGAAACACUCUCUCGUGACGACCAAGAGAGAAGACUCCGAACUUACUGGCUACUUGCUAUCACCGAGCGUGCCUAUGCACUGCAGUACGGCCAUCCUAUCACUCUCACGGGCAACCCGCGCGCGCGCACGGCCUCGCUGCGCGCCAAGCUCGGCCUCAAAGAGCUCGCCGACUUCCCAGACCUGCAGCUUUGCCUCUUCGACACGGUGGACGAGGCAUUCGUCGACUGCUUCUUGGGCAAGUGCGCGGGCAAGGCAUGUCGCAACUUCACGCGCGAGAAGGCCCUCGAGCUGCAUGGAGCAUUCAUGAAGGGUGCAGAGGACCAAGGCUACGGAUCGCAGCGCGCCGGAAGCAGCGACAGUGCCGGGCCGAGCCGCAGCGACGAAGUCUACACGUCUGCGCGGCCACGCAGCUCGACACUCGGCGGCGCGACCUUGCCAUUCGCGCGCAGCCAGGUGCAAAAGGCCGACUACGAGAUCACUCGCGCCUGGCUGGCGAACCGCGCGUGGCUUAUCUCGCUCAGCCACGGGCUGCUGAGCAUCGACGACGCCGAGGAGCCGCUCAGAGUGGACCACGCGCUCUCCCUGGCGCGCAGCACGCUCGAGAUCUGCAACAGCCUGUCGCUCGCGUCGAUGGAGGCGCACGGCGUGGGCUUUGCUCUCAAACUGUACGACUUGGCGAGCACACUGGUGCUGCUCUGCAAGGACGAGGCGAUUGCGCGCGCCAUCAGCGAAAGCGCGGCCUCACGCGCCACGCGCGGCACACACGGCAGCGGCGUCGCCCACUCGCCGAACCAGGCAUCUCCGCCGGCGCUGCGGCCGCCGGGUGCGGCGACGCUGCUCUGCGACACAGCGGAGAUCCUGCAGGACUUUGUGGUGCUGCUGCGCAAAUUCCUCGACGGCAAGCAUCCCUACCUCGAGCGCAUCCGCGCGAACAUCGCCGAGCUCCAGGACACGCCGCAAGCGUGGGGCUCGCAGGCCCUGCAGGCGCUGCUCAACGAGCUCGGCGUCGCGGGCCAAUGAGCGAGCAUCAAGACAGUGCCUCUCCCGGGGUCCGCUUCACGCGUAGACAUGACGUGCCGCCUCAUCCGCCCUUCUGUCCAUGCUGCCGCCGCCGUCCAGCCUCACCCUCCGAUCCACACCUCUGUAACGCUGACGAACUGUAACUCUAGCAUUGUGAACGCG